CCCCGCCUUCGCUCGUUUGAGUGGGAGUAGGGCGGCGGGCAUUUCCGUCGCCGCCUAAUGACGUCUUAGGUAGGGGCCGAGGUGUCCGGCGGACGGCCGGGCAGGGCAGGUUGUAAGAGAUGGCGGAGUAUCUGGCCUCCAUCUUCGGUACCGAAAAAGACAAAGUCAACUGUUCUUUUUAUUUCAAAAUUGGAGCAUGUCGUCAUGGAGAUCGGUGUUCUCGAUUGCACAAUAAACCAACAUUUAGCCAGACAACUUGAUAUUAAGAAGAACGAUACAAAUACCAUCUUGAUUCAAAACAUCUAUCGUAAUCCCCAAAACAGUGCACAGACGGCUGACGGCUCACACUGUGCUGUGAGUGAUGUUGAAAUGCAGGAGCAUUAUGAUGAAUUCUUUGAGGAAGUCUUUACAGAAAUGGAAGAAAAAUAUGGUGAAGUAGAGGAGAUGAAUGUUUGUGAUAAUCUUGGAGAUCAUCUGGUUGGAAAUGUAUAUGUAAAGUUUCGACGUGAAGAAGAUGCAGAAAAAGCUGUGAUGGACCUGAACAACCGGUGGUUUAAUGGGCAGCCAAUCCAUGCUGAGCUCUCCCCUGUGACAGAUUUCAGAGAAGCUUGCUGCCGCCAAUAUGAAAUGGGAGAGUGUACACGAGGAGGUUUCUGUAACUUUAUGCAUUUGAAACCUAUAUCUCGAGAAUUGCGACGUGAGUUGUACGGUCGCCGCCGCAAGAAGCAUAGAUCCAGGUCAAGAUCCCGUGAGCGUCGCUCUAGAUCAAGAGAUCGUGGUCGUGGAGGAGGAGGUGGUGGUGGUGGUGGUGGAGGAGGAGGCCGAGAGCGUGACAGAAGGCGGUCAAGAGAUCGUGAAAGAUCUGGACGAUUCUGAGCCGUGUCAUUUCUAUCUUGUCUAUUAGAAAGUGUUGUAGUUGAUUGACCAAACAAGUUCAUAAUGAAAAUUUUUUUUAAAGAUGGGCUUCUGAAUAAAAAUUUGUAGUGAUACAGUU